AGGAAUCAGUUACUGCCACGGUGCGGCUGCUUAUAUAUACAGCAGAUAUCAAAAACAUUUUUCUACCAAAGAAAGGAAGUACCACAGAUCCAUCACAUGGCCAUUUACCACCUGUGACCUGCGAUCGGUGACAUUUUUCAAUCUGUGGCAACAAAAGUUUGCAGCAUUUCCCCGACAAAUCAUUGCACCAACCUGGAACCUUCAGCUCCAAGUCGCCAAUGGCCGCUGUUGUCCAUCGAUAGUUGCAUAUAUCCAUGUCCUUGUGGUGGCCCCGAUUCCGUCACCGUCUCGACAUAAAAAAAUUACCCCGUCCAUGCUACGAACGAGUAAAGCAACGAACCAAACCCUCUGUCCAGUAGCGACUUCGGAUACAAUAAUAUAGGCGAGAAAAUAAAAAUCUCUCGGCCGGUCUGCCAUCAGAGCACCAUACCGCACCUAACGCCAAUUGUACCAUCCAAUCCAAUCCAAUCCAAGGAAAACCGAAGAAGUCUUUGGGAGAAACAGCAGCGGAGGUCACAAGAACAAGAACACGCCUCACUUCCUCGCUCCUCCUCCGCCGGAUCCAUCACCCAACCCCCCUACUACAAAUAAAAUCAUCUAUCGCCACAUGUUGGCUAAUCCCACGCAACGCACUGAUAUUUUCCUUCCUUGUUUGUCUUGCUGCUAGCCGCUAUCAAAUCAAUCGGUCUCCAGCUUACAGCGACGUGCAGCAGGUCCAGGUCAGAGCUCGAUCGAGGCACAGCGCACAGGAUCCUUUAUUUAUCCAUCCAUCCAUGGCUGCCUCCAAUAGCAGCAGCGCUGGCAAGAACAACGGCACCAACAACCCGCUGGACGCCAUGGGCGCCUUCUUCUCGAAGCAGGUGGACCGGCGGAAGCUGGUGACCACCGAGAAGCGUGCGCUGGCGACGCGUCUGUCCUCCUCCGGCGAGACGUUCCCGGGGUCGGAGCACCGCCCCGCGGACCGGAAGCGGUGGAUGGCGGAGCUGGGCGCCGACAAGCUGCGCGUGCACCAGGUGGUGUGGCCCGGCACGCACGACUCGGCCACCAACAAGAUCGGCGUGCCGUUCGUGACCCGCCCCUUCGCGCAGUGCCAGUCCAUGUCCGUGUACGAGCAGCUGGCCACGGGCACGCGCGUCGUCGACGUGCGCGUCCAGGAGGAGCGCCGCGUGUGCCACGGCAUCCUGGCGACGUACCCCGUGGACGUGGUGCUGGACGACGUGAACCGGUUCCUGGGCGAGACCGAGUCCGAGGUGAUCAUCCUGGAGAUCCGCACCGAGUUCGGGCACGAGGACCCGCCGGAGUUCGGCAAGUUCCUGGUGGAGAAGCUCGGCGAGCACCUGAUCCCGCAGGACGAGGCGGUGUUCCACAAGACGGUGGCGGAGCUGCUCCCGCGGCGGGUGAUCUGCGUGUGGAAGCCGCGCAAGUCGCCGGCGCCCAAGGCGGGGGACCCGCUGUGGAGCGCCGGGUACCUCAGGGACAACUGGAUCGACACGGACCUGCCGGAGACCAAGUUCGAGAGCAACCUCAAGUUCCUGGCGCAGCAGCCGGCCGUGGCGGACCGGAGGUUCUUCUACCGGGUGGAGAACACGGUGACGCCCAAGGCCGACAACCCGGUGCUGUGCGUCUGGCCGGUCACGAAGCGGAUCCACGGAUACGCGAGGCUCUUCAUCGCCGAGGUCUUCGCCAAGGGCCUCGGCGACAAGCUGCAGGUCUUCUCCACCGACUUCAUCGACGGCGACUUCGUCGACGCCUGCGCCGGCGUCACCAAGGCGCGCGUCGAGGGCACCGCGUGAUCAUCGUCGACGAACCCGCCGCGCGCGUGGUACCCGUACGUAUUCCCCGAUUUGAUUAAUAAUUAUUAGGACGUGCCCGUGCAUGGGGCUCGUAGCAAUUUAGAGGAGUCACCGCGAUUACAGGCAGAGGUUGGUGUCCGUCUUGUCGUCGGCGUCGGGACGACUAGUGUGCAGUUUGCUUUCUCGUUAGGAGUUGUAUGUAGCUUGCGUUGGGUGUAGUAAUCGAGACGUACGGGGCAUUGCAGUGUAUGUACUGUGUAGUGUACACUCCAGACGUGCAGUAUAUUCAUUCAUGUGUAACGUGUGCGUCCGUGUAUACUGUGUAUAGUGAUGAAUUUGCUCGUGGGAGCAAAGGAGUAAAUAAACAUAUACAGUGAUGGAUUUUUCACA